AGAGGUAGUGUAGUGAGCCUUUACUUGGUGUCAUAUAAUUCUCUCUUUUUCCCUUUUGCAAUCCAAACUAAUGAACUCCACUCCAUCCACAGUAUCCGAAAGGGUGGAGGGGGGCUGGCCAGUGUGAUAGGGGGCUUCACACCCUCCACCCAUUACCUGGUGCAGGUGACUGCUUACAACUCUGCUAGGAGCUACUCCAGGGCUACUCUACCACCAUCCUCCUUCCUGGAGGCCCCUCCUCCCCCGGGUUAGUGAUGCCCGGGGUGGCCACGACAGAUGUGAGGGUCCUGCUCCCCAUGGUUGCCUCCUGCCUCGCCCUGCUGGCCGCUCUUGUCACUGUUUGUGUUUGCGUCAGGAAGAAGCCCCCCAUGCCCCUCCAGCAGGUGUCCAGGGAUGGGAACAAAGUAGGUGUGCAGGAGAACAAGGAUAACCACAAACACAGGGAGCAGUUUUAUGCCACAGUGUGCAAGAUGUCACCCCACAGGGACCCCACUGCUGUUGACCGAAUCCCUGUCUUCUCAGCCUUCUGAUGACCCAUGGCUGGUGGAGGGUUGGUGAGGGGCACAAACACACGAGAAAAUCACUGCAGGGUAUCAGGGACCAGGCAGAGACAUUAGAUAUUACAAGUGGUGUGGCAGACAGUGUUUAUGUCGUCAGCUGGCGGUGGAUGGGUGAGCAGCGGCCGGCCAAUUGGACUUGUGAGUUUGAGUUUGUUAUUCCAAUUCAGUCUUUAUUAAAAUUUCAGUUUGUUAUGGCAGUUGUAUAUGUUGCUGUGUACCUUACUGUGUGUAUGGGAUUGCCACUCUGGUAUUUAAAUACAUGCAAAGACUGUUAUUAUUAUUAUUAUUAUUAUUAUUAUUAUUAUUAUUAUUAUUAUUAUUAUUAUUAUUAUUAUUAUUAUUAUUAUUAUCAUAUUUUUAUUAUCAUCAUCAUU